AGAGAAGAAAAGAAAAAAGGGAGAAAAUUCUCUUCAUCUUUUUAGCCCAGAUUCUCUUCGUUCUUCUCUCGGCAAAGAAAUUUUCUCUCACUUUCCCUCGUUUUCUGGGCGGUUUCUUCUCCUAUCGCAGUUGUUCCCUAUUAUCUGACCAGUAUUCCUCCCGCAGACGCCAUGUCGGACAAAGGUCGCCCCUUGCCGAAAUUCGGUGAGUGGGAUGUCAAUGAUCCAGCUUCAGCUGAGGGUUUCACCGUGAUAUUUAACAAGGCUAGGGAUGAAAAGAAGACCGGUGGCAAACCCGAAUCACCUGGUAAAGCCAACGAGACUCAUGCCAAGCAUGGUGCAGCUCCUAGUAAACCCCCUCCUAAAAAAUGGCUUUGCUGCAUACAAUCUCCAUCUGCGGAUUCUUGACAAGGUAUUGCAAGAGGUUGAAAUGCUUUCCACUGUUCUUAAGCAUGUUCUUUCUGUUAUUUCUCUUCUUCAACAUAAGUUCCCAGAUGCUGGGAGCUGAAGCAGAAUCACUGAUGUUGUCUCUUUAAAGUGCUGUUAAAAAUCAUGUUGCCAUUGCCACGGGGUUUGGGAAGAACACAGAACAAAACAGAACAGACUUGUGAUUGUGUCUGUAUUUGUUGUAUGUAAUGAUUUUCAUGCGGGUUUUUUCCACCA